UCCCGCCCGGCCUCCCCGGCCCGCGCCGCCUCCUUCCCACCAGCGGCGGCCGGCAAAGCCCCCGAGGAGCCGCCGCCGCGCCGCCAAGCGGGGGCUGGCACGGGGGCGGUCGCGGGGUUCGCCCUGGCCCCCAGCCUCGUCCGCGCCCCUCCCCCGAGCAGCUGUCAAUCAGCGAAGCGAGGAGCCGGAUUGGCGGAGGGGAGGCUGUUGCCCGGGCGCCGCCGUCCCGCCCCCGCGCCGCCCCCGCGCCCGCCCCCUGCGCUCCUCGUCCUCCCCAGGGCCCUGGGAAGGGGCGCAGCGUGGGAAAGGGAUGGCUGAGUUUUAACCGGAGGCAGAGCGUGAGCGGAUCAGUGUGUGCGGAACCCGAGCAGCCGGCCGCGGAGAGUCGCCGCUGCUGUGAGCUCCUCCCUGCCCGCCGCGCCGCCGCUGCCCGGAGCCCCGCGCAGCCAGCAUGAAGCGCGCCCACCCCGAGUCCAGCUCCUCGGACAGCGAGCUGGACGAGGCCGUCGAGGUGGAGAAGGAGAGCGCGGAUGAGAGUGGAAACUUGAGUUCGGCCCUAGGUUGCAUGUCCCCAGCUACGUCUUCGCAGAUCCUGGCCAGGAAAAGACGGAGAGGCAUCAUUGAGAAACGCCGGCGAGACCGGAUCAAUAACAGCUUGUCUGAGCUGAGGAGGCUGGUGCCCAGUGCUUUUGAGAAGCAGGGAUCUGCUAAGCUAGAGAAAGCCGAGAUCCUGCAGAUGACGGUGGAUCACCUGAAAAUGCUGCACACUGCAGGAGGGAAAGGCUACUUCGACGCGCACGCCCUGGCCAUGGACUACCGGAGUUUGGGGUUCCGGGAGUGCCUGGCAGAGGUCGCCCGCUACCUGAGCAUCAUCGAGGGGCUGGAUGCCUCCGACCCGCUUCGAGUCCGGCUGGUAUCGCAUCUUAACAACUACGCCUCCCAGCGGGAAGCGGCGAGUGGUGGGCACGCGGGCCUCGGGCACCUUCCCUGGGGGAGCGCCUUCGGACACCCUCCGCACGGGGCGCACCCGCUGCUGCUGCCCCAGAACGGCCACGGGAACAGCGGCUCGGCGGCCUCGCCCACGGACCCGCACCACCAGGGCCGCUUGGCGGCGGCUCAUCCCGAGGCGCCCACCCUGCGAGCGCCCCCUAGCGGUGGCCUUGGACCGGUGCUCCCCGUGGUCACCUCCGCCUCCAAACUGUCGCCACCCCUGCUCUCCUCCGUGGCCUCCCUCUCCGCCUUCCCCUUCUCUUUCGGCUCCUUCCACUUACUCUCUCCCAGUGCGCUGAGCCCGUCGGCACCCACGCAGGCAGCAAACCUCGGCAAGCCCUAUAGACCGUGGGGGACGGAGAUCGGAGCUUUUUAAAGAACUGAUGCUGUAGAAGGAGGGAGGGACCGCUUACAAUCCCAGCUGCGCUGGCGGUUGCCGACAUCACCUUAAAGUCGUCAGUUAUAAUAAAGAGGAAACAGGUACAAUCCCAGAUAAAUUCUGUUGAAAGGCGAAAGGUUUGUUGUUUUACCUUUUCUUUCUUAAUGUUUUUUUUUUUUUAAAUCAUGACAUGUAUUAGCAGGUUUUAAAUUUUGUUCCAAACAUUAAAUGGAAAUAGUAUAAACCGACACCUGCUGAUAGGUUUGUACUGUGCCUAAUUUACUUUGUAAACCUAUUGGUCUACGAGUGAUUCAAUUUUUGCCUCAGAGUUUGGGGAAUUCUUAGUAUUUGGGGGCUGUGUUACAUUCUGUUUUUAGAAUUAAUUUUCCAAACCACGAUGCUGAAUAUUAACGUGAAGCUGUCUGUUAAUACUUUGACAAUGAAGGUGUUGUAUAAAUAAUAUUCUUUUUUUGGGGUGGGGGGAUAUUGGAUUUUGUAUUUCUGAACAAAGCGUUUGACAAAUCAGAUGAUCAGCUUUAUCCAAGAAAGAAGGCGAAUUCUCUGCCUCCUACAGCAGGAAAGGUGGAUGUACAGAGUCCACCAGGAGCCCUGAGUUCAUGACCAACCGUCUGCCGGGACCAGACGGGCAGUUCUGGCUUAGUCAGGAGGGAGCCAUGUGCCGCUGUUGAAGUGGGCUGUGAGGAGAUGAGGAUAAUUGCAUAGACUACCCUGCAUUUCCAGCCCCGAGCCGUGUGACGCAUUUUGAUCUCCCAGAUCUCCCAGAUGCUAACACGGAGAAGUGCACCAGGUGGGCAGGUGGUCCGGUGGAACGGUCCAGUGGAUCCUGUUAAAGGCAUACCCUAAUUCUUCCAGGACUGGCCAUAUUUUCUUCUCACUGGAAGCUUUUAUGUUGCGUUUUCCUUUUUUGGCGCAUGCAGAUGUGGCUGUUGAGAUAUUUAAAAGGGCUUUGCUGCCUCCUGUUUUUAUUUCUUUGGACUCGGGCUAUUACAGGUUUAUUCGUUUAGCAGGAGUAACUUGAACACCUCCACCGAGCUGGGCUUGACCGCUGUUGUACUGAUGUGUGGUGACUCAAUAAAAAAGAGGGAACAAACUAUUCUGCUGUGUGUCUGCACCCCUUGGCCUUUCCCUCUGUUGGCUAAGAAAAGAUACAUUUUCUCUUGUUUGCAUUUUUCACAAUCACCAGUUUAACGCUUUCAUCUCCUGUGGAAUUCUAAACUCUGCGGAUCCGUGCUGUUGAGGGAGAGGACGUCAUGGCCAGGCAGGCUUUGGCCUGUCUCCCACCAGGGGACAUGGCCCUUUGGCCGUUAUGCCCCAUGACCUGGCCCUGACCUGGCCGCCUGUGGACCAGACACCUCAGUAUCAGGCUGGAGGUGCAGGUGGGAAGGAACUCUGAUGAAAUCUUAUAAAACUGUGUUGACCAUUCCAGAAAUAUUUACUGAGAGCACCUCCUGUGUGCUUGGUCCCAUGUUAAGAGAGCAGAAAAUUUAUUUCAUUUCUUUCCUUUUUCUUAAAAUGGCAAAAUAAGGAAAGCCACGCGUGGCUCCCUCUGAGUGCCGGGACUCUGUGGGAGUCUGUGGCCUGGUGAGCGGCGGCAGGCUGUGAUUCUGCACCUGCACGGCCAGGGAUCUUUCCUGCUCUUGUUUCCAGGGAAUGUGUUUAACCCUUUAGCUGCAUUUGACUCCUGAGCUGUGCAGUGAGGAGGCUGGAACAGAGACAGCCAUCUGGGCCCGGCAGAGGUGCCUUCCCAUUGCCCUAAAAGUCUUCCUCCUGCCACUCAAGAGGGCUCCCGCCAGCUCACAGGGAGUUGGCCUUGAUCCUGAUGGGGUGGGGAGUGAGGGAGGAAACCCACUCGGGCGGGUGACAAAGUAGAGCCCUCCUUCUCUUUGCCCAACCACCGAGUGCCUCCUCCCUGCCCUGCUUUAAGAAAAUGAAGACUGGCAGCUCCUGCCGGAUAUCCCUGCCUGCUUGCCGCCAGGCCAGCGCUGGGGCCGGCUUCGAGGCUGCGUCGCGACCAAGUCCUGACCUUAUUACAAGACAGCCCUUUCCCAGAGGUCGUUUACGUCGAAUUGUGGAUGGUACCGACGCUGUUUGGUGCAGAGUCCUGCUCUUCCUUAUCAGACAGCCCUUGUGCCGGUGCGCUGUGACCUCCCUGAUUGUGAGCACGGCUGUCCAGCUUCGGAACCGCCGAAAUCGAGCCAGAACGAGGGCCAGACGGCUGGGGCCUCGGGGUGCUCUGUUUAAGCCCGGCCUGCUUGUGGCUGACCUCGGGAGAGGACGGCAUUGCUUGUGGAAGGAAUGCUGGCCUGGAGGUCAGGCGGCUAAGGGCUCCAUCUAGUUUUGUUUGUGCCAUGAAAAGGGUUGAGGAAGGGUGUGGGGCAAUGGUUCCUAAUUCUGUGCCGUUCACAUUAUUGCAAACUCGAUCUUUUAUGGGA